AUGGCACAAGUCAUAUGGAAUUCGGACAUUGACGUCUACAAUACAGAUGUCAUGCCUUUGCUGAUCGCCAGAGGAAUUGCUAGAUACUUACCUAUCCAAGACCUACUAUCUUUCGCCCAGGUAUCAAGGAACACUAAUCGAGCAGUAAGUGAUCCUUCAUUAUGGGUAUCAAUGUUGAAAGAAAUGGGAGUAUGGAAUAAUGCUAAGCAGAUUACUAAAGACCAACUACGGAAGAAUCCAAGAAUGUCAUAUCUUGAAAGUCCUUUAUCUUGUUUAGAUUAUGUCUAUAGAUCAAAUAAGAAUGCCAAAUAUCAAAUGUUAAAAAUUCAUAGAUGUUUAUAUCCUUAUUACAAGGAUUUAUUAGUGAACAAAAGUUAUGACCAACUUCGAAUAUUCAAAGAUUUCCAAACUCCAGAAGAACAAGCUCAAUUGUUAACCAAUUUGUUAAUAUAUAAUAGAAUCGACUAUAUUGAACUGACACGAAAUACUGCCAGAGAUAAGAUUAAUGAAUUGAUUGAAAUCUUUGAAAAUGCAUUAUUACGAGAAUUAGAAAUUCACUUUGAUUUAGAAGAUUAUGAAAAGACCAGACAAUUUGUUAUGAUUUUAGUUUCAUUACAGAAUCAACAGACUUUAAUUGAUUUCUUUCUACAAAGAAGUAUAUUCGAUAAUGAAGAACGAGAAAUAUUCAAUUUGGAAAAGUUUGAAGCAGACAAGUAUUAUAAUAAAGUCGAACAAGAUGAUGAUCAAGAGGAACAAAAGAAACCAGUUUACACAUUGAAUCAAGAGGCAUUCGAAAGCCUCAUUCAAAGCAUCGCUGAGAUCUUAAAUGAACAGUCCAAAAUUAUUGAUUUGAUCUUCCCACAAUCAAUUCCAAUGAUGUAUAAGGUAUGUGAAGAGUUAAUUUCCAACCAAUUGAGUGAACUCAUAAUGAUGUUAAUAGACUCCUCAAAACAACAUAACUUAUAUUUGACCUUCGUGCCGUUCAUAUAUGAAAAACUCACAGUUGGAUUGAUUGAAAAACUUACCAAAUCAGAAAAUUUAGGAGACUCUUAUCACCAAUUAGUAAUAGAAUUAUUGAAUAUGCUGUUUGAAUCAUUUGCAGCCGAAUAUAUGCGAGAGGAAGUUUCAAGUUAUCAAAUACUUUCAAAAGAUAAAAUCCUUGAUUGGAAAUUAACAAUCUCAAAACGAGAACAAGAAACAACUCAAAAAAUCCUUGAAAAAGUCAAAGUUGAAUCCAAAAAUGAUUUCUUAACCAGUUUUAAGAAUGUUUUCACGAUGGCUUCUAAUAAAGAAGAUGAAUCAAAUUCACAAGAGAAAUAUUCAGAAAUUCAAGCAAAGGCAAAAAUCCUUUCUGAAAAUAUAAAAACUCUAGAUAAGAUCUUCAGUCCCGAAUUGGUAGUAGAAACAUUAAAUGAUGCAAAGAUAUCACUUCAUAGGUUAUUAAAAUUACGAGAAUUUACCAUUUCUUCUCUAAGAAAUGAUAUUUUCCAAUCAAUUCAAGAUAUUUUUAUAGAUGCAAUGGAAAUAAUUGGUGUUGAACAUUUAAGACCUGGAUUUGAAAAGGCUUUGACCUAUUUACAAACAUAUAAUCCUAAUUCAUCAACAUACACUGAAACGCAUAACGAAUCUUUUGCCGAACCAUUGGUAUUAUUCUUUGAUUUAAUUAAUAUGGCAGAUAUUAUCAUUCAAAUGAUUGAUAUUUUUUAUAAAGAAGAAAUGCUUAAUAGACAUAUCAUCAAGCAUGAAAAUUCAAUUUUAAAUCCAAGUUUACAAAACAAAAAGAAAUUAGAAGCAUUAGUGGAUAAAUAUGUCGCCGAUGGUCUUAACGUUGGUAUUGAAAUCUUAGUCCAUCAAAUCGAUACUGUUUAUGACGAAUUGCUUCUAGAUACUGAUUAUAAUCCAACCAAUCCAAAUGCAGUUGACUCGUUUGGACCUACAGAUGCUGCCAAAAAGGCCAUAAGUGUCUUGCAAGAAAACAUGAAUCUAUUAGUUGAUAGUGCCGAUAUGUCCGUAGUUGAAGUAUUUCAGCAUGAAAUAGCAGAACGAUUCUUUCAAAUCAUCGUAAAGACAUUAAAGCAUCGUACAAUUUCUGUGGCUGGAGCACCUAGUUUGAUAUCUGAUCUUAAUCUAUAUUAUGAGUUUAUGGUGGAGCAUAUCAAGACUAACAAAAGGUUAAUUCUUCCUUUGUAUCAAGCGUUGAAGAAAGUGGGUAACAUCUACUUAAUCAGCGGAGAUGAUUCUAAAUCAAUAGGUCAAUUGGUGAGUGAUCUUUCUAAGUUCAAUGGUAUAUUUGGACAAGAAGAGAUUUACGAAUUUGUUCAAAGACGACAAGAUUGGCCUGAUAUAAAACGUCAUGUUGAGAAGGUCAUUCAUUUUUCAUCAAUAAUGCUGAUGCUUGAUAUUCCGAAGGUCACUCCAAAUGAGAGCCGAUCACAGUUAUGUGAUCGUUCAGAGAUAUUGCCUCGUAGUGAAGAGAGAAGAAAAGAAACAUCAUUAAUAGAUACUGGGAAAGAGAAGGAGUUGAGAAACCGUCAAAGGAUUAUAAGAAAACCUCAAAGAAUUAUAAAAGGUUCAAUAGAGUCACGGAAAGCUACGGCUGCAUUUAGAUUAUAUGAAUUAUCACAAAUCGAACCUUCGACUUUCAUAGAUAAGCUUAUAGAAAUAUAUGGAAAACGACGAUAUCCUACUUUUGUUGAAGAUUUGCAUCUUGUAUCAGACCAACCUAAACAUCCAAUUCAUAAAUGUAUCCCCAAUUACCUAAGGCACGAAGAUUUCGAUCUAGAAUCUGACGAACCGUAUCCUAAAAAUGAAUUCAUACGGGGUUUCCCAAGGCACAAAUUUUCCACGUACUUGUUUGAAGAUAUUUGUCAGAUAAUCCUACAAGAUGACUAUGAAUUGUUGCGAGAUAUAGUUAGUUUGCUAUAUCGAUUGGGAAUUUUGACCGAAUCCCAGGUGAACCUACUUUCCAUCAUCGAAGACAAGAAGUCGUUUAUGUCAGAGAUGAAUAAGAGGAUAAUCGAAUCUGCCCUUCAGAAACAAAAGACUAACAUAGCGACAGAAUUUGUACUACAACUUACAAAGACCUAUCAGAUUGAAGUACACCCCGAGAGUAUCGAUUUACUAGUCUUAACCCUAACAUCCGGUCUACAUGAAGAUUUCAUAAAAGAUUCAUACAUAACGACACAAUUCGUACAUCAUUUUGGGAUUAGAAACCUAACUGUGACUCAAGUAGAUCGAAUACUACAGUUCUUCUGCUCCAAACCUCGAGGAAUGUAUUUUGCCAAUUUCCUAUUUGAAAAAUUAGUCAAACUAAAGCAACUUGAAGGCUAUUCAAGAUUUCAACCUAUUGAAUUUUCCAAUACGGUCAAAGCACUCAUGCAAUCAUAUGCAGACAAUUAUAAUAUCGACACGGCGUUUAGAGUCUGGAAACAGGUUUCCCCAUAUAUUGAAGACAAACUGGAAUUAGUUCCCAUAUUGGUACAACUAUUCAUCGACGCUCCCGUCGAGUAUGCAGCAGACAUUGGAGAUGUAUUGUCUAAUUUGCCAGCAGAGUCAUUAAAUAGUGAAGAAAUGAUUGAUUUCCAACUUUCAUUUUUUGCUUCGGAUCCUAAACUUAGCCAACAUUUUGAAUUAUUGGCAAAUAGAUUACAACCUCCUUUGAAAAGAACAACCAUGUCGCUGUUGCUUAAAGCAUUCUUGGCAAUGAAUAAGCAAUCUAAUGCUCAAAAAACCAUCGAGGCGAUUUUUAAGCAUGGUGGAGGAACCCUGCCUGAGGAUGUAAAUUGUAUUGUGGAAAGAUUAUUAAAACAAGAUAAACUUGGGGAAUGUAUGGAUAUGGUCGAGAGGAUGGAGUUUGAAAUAUCUAGACUUGCUUGUGUGUCGAUCUUACGAUAUAUGUUAUUGAAUGUCAAUAUUUCAACAACCAAAAACCGAGAAUUUCUUGAUAGAUUAUUUUUGGGUUUAGUUGAUCUUCAGGAUGCUAAUACCAACGAGCUUCUUACCAUUGCAUUAAUAGAAGUUGCCGUUGCAAAAGUCCCGAUUGAUGAGGCAGUGAUGCUUUAUAAUGCGAUAGCGCAGGUUGUUACAUUGCAUAAAAGAUUCAGAGUAGGUGAGAAUAACUAUAAUUGCAAACUUAACACCAUUUCCAUUCCUGAGAAGUUCGAGAGAGUAUUACAUCUUUCACUCAAAGGACAGGCCAAAUGUUUGGAGCAUAUUUUGAUUAAGGCUCUCAAAGAAGAAGAUCCGUUGCAUUUGCUGUAUAUUAUGGGUCUAUUUAGAUCAUUAGGUUGGAACUAUACAAGCAUACUAAACUUAUUAAGAAGAUAUGAUCAAAAUGGAUACCUUGAAAGAGCUAUCAAGUCUGAAAUACUCCGAGACUGUAACUAG